AUAGCUGUUUUGAAUAGUAGCAGAUUGUAAAUUAACAUAAACAUAUACAUCUAUUUCAUUAAUUAUAUACAAUUAAAUUGUAAAUAAAAAAUUUAAAUGAAAUUAAAUAAAAUAAUUUGUGAAAUGCAGAAUAGCUUUCGACUACCUAAGGUACGUUUAUGGCAUUUAGCAGACACCCUUAUUCAGAGUGACUUACAUUUUUAUUUAUUUUCAAUUUAUACAACAAUGAUCAAUUAAGGGUUAAGGGCCUUGCUAAGGAUCCCAACACCGGCAGCUUGGUGAACCUGGGAUUUGAACCCAUGACCUUCCAAUCAGUAGUCCAACGCCUUCUCCACUAAUUUACAAACUCCCAUUUUCAUAACAUCAAUCAUAACAUUUUCUAAAUAGAUCAAAUUAAAAAGGAAGGUUUGAUACCUCUAUUUUUACUGGACAUCAUGUAAGGAAACAAUUACACUGUGAUAAAUGCAGUCUGUUGUUGAAAGAUGUUAAAAACCUUGCAUGUAAAUUUCCCACAACUUCUAUAAGGCCUAAUCAAUUUGUGACAAUGUUCGACACAGUGCAUAUGUUCAUUAUGAGCAUGUAUUUGUGAAAGCUUUUGAUAUUUGUGUGAUCUCUGAGAUGGUCUCUAACUGAAGCAGUGUUAUUGUGGAUCAGAGAAACACCUUUACAGAGAUGAUGUACUAGCCUUAAUAUUGUUACCUGCAAUAUAACUGUAAAAUAAGCCUCAUAAACCAUGGAUAGCUGAGGUUAAUUGUGGGCUUGUAAGACUAAUAAACGUCAUUUAUGUACAUAAGCACUGUAGGAACAUGUGUUGCACAGCUGUGUCUCAGUGUGACUUUCUGCUAUCUGCACUGUAUUUCUAACAGGUAAUGAUAAAUAUAGACCCUUGACUUGAGGAUAGAACUGAGGGCAGUGCUGGAAAUUAAAUAUUAUUUAUACAGCUUUGAAUUUUUCCAUCUUGUAUUCUGUAAUUGAUCUUUAAUUGUGCAAUGAUUGUGCACACACCGAAGUUCAACAGGGAGAGCAGCUGCUGUAGUUGCUUGUGGCCGUGGGUCAAUAUAGACAUCGCCCGCAUAUUGUUACUGGGAUUAGUCCUAGUCCUGUACAUGUUCUUUGGGGCUGCUGUCUUCUCAGCCUUGGAGAGACCAUCAGAGCUUGUAGCACACAAGAUAUGGGAAGAGAAAAUAGGUGACUUUGCACAGGAGCACAGAGUGAGUCUGCAAGACCUACAUAUACUGCUGAAGGACUAUGAGGAAGCUAAUAAUGCUGGGGUUUGGGUGCAAGGUGAGAGAACUUUCUGGAACUUUCCUGGAGCCUUAUGCUUUGUGGCAACUGUAAUAUCCACCAUUGGAUAUGGACUGGCAGCGCCAUCCACCACCUAUGGAAAGAUCUUCCUCAUUAUAUUUGGGCUGGUAGGAUGUGCAGCAGCCAUCCUCUUGUUUAAUCUCUUUCUGGAACGUGUCAUCACUCUUGUAGCACAUGUGUUGUGUAGAUGCCAUGAGCGCAAAUUGUGGAGCAGUAGGCAAAAUACUGCUACUUCUCAUUUCACCAUACAACCAGGUGGCACAUCUCAUGGGCAGGAGUGCUGGAAGCCUUCAGUUUAUGAUGUAGCACUAAUUUUGUUGGUAGUUUGGUUUCUGGUAGCAUGUGCUGCAUCAGGACUUUACUCUGCUGUGGAAGGUUGGAGCUACCUGGAGUCGAUAUACUUCUGCUUUGUGACUUUCAGCACUACGGGCUUUGGGGACAUGGUGAGCGGACAGCGAGGGCACUACAAAGCAAACUAUUUUUACCAGAUUUCCAACAUCUUAGUAAUCUUUCUUGGUGUCUGCUGUACCUAUUCUCUAUUUAACCUUAUUGCAAUAAUGAUCAAAGCAAUGUUGAACUGGAUCUUGGGCAAGCUGCUGUGUUUGAAUUGCUGUUCGGGGACUAUUUUUAAGAAACACCAGCCUGUUCAGCUCUGCUGCACUUGCUUCAUGUAUCCUAAAGUUGAAACAUCUCAUUCUCAACAGCUUCCAAUCACUGCCGGCUGUUUCAGCCAACACUGGAACUGCCAUGUGGUAAAGCGAAGCCAAGGGAAAUGCAGAUGUGCUGGUUCUACAUUACCGACUGUGUGCCAAAGUGAAAUGCGUGUCACAGAAAAAAUACAUUUCUGGGAGCACAAGGUGCCAAUGGAUCAUGUGACAGAAAAUUCACAUUAUGUGACUAGCAGCUGUCCACGUUGUCAACAUAAUAGUCUACCUGAGGUGAUGGGUGGCAUAGCCAUGUUAAAUAACUACCUGCAAGAGACAAGCCGUAAUGUCUAAUCAGCUACUUCUCCAAUUUAAGGACAUUCAGAUAUGAGAAUUACUGAACAGUUUCAUCAACUAUUCCAGUUUCUAGACUGUAUAACUUCGAUCCAACUGUUUCUGCAGCAGAGGGACAUGACCAGUCUGUUCAUUCAGUCGUAAAUGAUAUCAGUAUUCUGAAUAUGGAGUGUAGAUUCAAAAAACUGAAAGAGAAAAAAAAAUAUAUAUAUAUAUACACUUAUAUAUAAAACUUAUAUACGUUAUAUAAUAUGUAAUAUUGAUGACUACAUUUGUAACAAUCUGGGUUUUAGUGUGUGUGUGUGAUUGAGAGUGAGAGAGAGAGAGAGAGAGAGAGAGAGAGAGAGAGAGAGAGAGAGAGAGUGUGUGUGUGUGUGUGUGUGUGAGA